AGACACGAUCAGACACGAUGGAGAGUACAAACGACAAGUUUUUCUACGUCUACAGCUCUUCGUUAGACACCAGGAUACAAGUUAAGAUAGGUACCCUGGAGGGCAAGAGACACAGACCCGAGUACGACGAGCUACUCUUGGACCCCUUGCUGAAAUACUCGGGUCUAUACGAGAGCGGUGGGAUCCGUGGAGAUCUAGCCGCGUCUCUCCAGGUAUGGGCUGGCGGUAGACCGCUGGCUCUGCCUGUGCACACAGCCUACAAGCACUUUACCACCCGUUGGAACUGGAACCAGUGGGUCUAUCUGCCACUUUCCUAUACAGAUUUGCCACGCGACGCCCAGCUGUGCAUAACGCUCUACGACUGUGCAGGGCCUGGCAGACAGCUUCCAGUAGGCGGCACGACUAUAUCGUUAUUCGGCAAGCAUGGAGUGUAUCGGCAGGGCAUGUUGGAUCUUCGAGUAUGGCCUGGGAUAGAGGCUGACGGCAGUGUUCCGACUAGUACCCCGGGGAAAGCCAGAGAUCAUGGGAAAGAACAGAUGCAGAGGCUCGCCAAGCUCGUUAAGAAACACAGAAAUGGACAAAUCAACAAAAUUGAUUGGCUAGACAGGUUAACUUUCAGGGAGAUUGAAUUAAUCAAUGAGAGGGAGAAAAGAGCAUCGGAAUAUCUCUAUUUGAUGAUAGAAUUUCCAGAGGUAACGAUGGACGGUGUACCGUAUUCAAUUGUGUAUUAUGAAAAAGACGGUGAUGAGGUUUUUCAACAUAGAUUACAGCCAGACGUUGUGACGCUUCCCGACUAUGAAAUUUUGCAAGAGAACCUCGUGGAGGCGAAACAUCACAAACUGGCGCGCAGUUUACGUAGCGGAGGUAAUACUCGCGAAUUGAAACCUACCUCGACCGUGCGGGAUGCCUUAAAUACGAUACUGGGAUAUCCCCCGACAACCGCACUGUCCACCGAGGAACAGGAUUUAAUUUGGAAAUAUAGAUUCUAUUUGUCUAGUCAGAAGAAAGCGUUGACCAAGUUUGUAAAAUGCGUCAACUGGAAGGUCGCCGGUGAGGAACGCCAAGCUUUGGAGAUGUUAGCUUUGUGGGCCCCGCCGGAUUCCGAGGACGCCUUAGAACUACUAGGACCCGCGUUCACUCAUCCGGCUAUUAGGAGAUACGCGAUUAGCAGGCUUAAUCAAGCUCCUGACGACGAUUUAAUGUUGUACCUGUUGCAAUUGGUACAAGCGUUAAAGUAUGAAGACUUUGAAAGCAUCAAAGCUGCUUAUCAAGCGAUGUUGAAGGAGAAGGAGGAAAGGACCGAGUCGAGAAAUUGGAGCACUGAAAAACUGGAGAGAAGCGAAAGAUUGGAAAAAACAGAGAAACUAGAGAAAAGCGAAAAAGACGUAAGGAACAGCGAUUCCACAUCUACCCCGGUUACAACUUCUAGUGAAUCGGAGAGCCAGUUAUCGACGAGCCAAGAACCGCUUAUGGAUCUGGCAUCAUUUUUAAUCACUCGCGCUUGUCAGAACUCGAUGCUGGCCAAUUAUUUCUAUUGGUAUCUCUCUAUCGAGUGCGAGGAUCAAACUGAUCCCGCGAUAAGCGCUAAACAAGAUACGCGAGUUAGGGAAAUGUACGUUACCGUAAUGAAAAUGUUUUCCAUGAUGUUGGCGCAGGGGAAUACCAUUUGGCAAAAGAGAAGAGCGUUCCUCUUGCGACAGAAGAUUUUCAUCGACCAAUUGGUGUUUCUGGUAAAAGCAGUCGCGCGCGAGAGCGGAAAUCGAAAGAAAAAAACUGAUAGAUUGAGAGCAUUGCUGACGGAUCCAGAUCCGGCGUUCAAGAUUAAUUUCUCCAAUUUUGAGCCGAUACCUUUCCCCUUGGACCCUGAAAUUUGUAUCAAGGGAAUUAUCCCGGAAAAAGCGAGUCUUUUCAAGUCUGCGCUCAUGCCAUCAAAACUCACAUUCUUGACGACAGACAAUACAGAGUACAUUGCCAUCUUUAAACACGGAGACGAUCUACGACAAGAUCAGUUAAUUUUACAAACGAUAGCGCUUAUGGAUAAAUUAUUAAGAAGGGAGAAUUUGGAUUUGAAACUAACUCCGUAUAGGGUGCUCGCAACAAGCACAAAGCAUGGUUUCGUACAAUUUAUCGAAUCUACAACGGUUGCGGAGGUUCUGGCUAGCGAAGGAUCGAUAUUGAAUUUCUUUCGAAAACAUCACCCUUCCGAAACUGGACCUUACGGAGUAGUACCUGAAGUCAUGGACACCUACGUUCGCAGUUGCGCCGGUUAUUGCAUCAUUACGUAUGUACUGGGCGUCGGCGAUCGUCACUUGGACAAUCUGUUGCUCACAGCAUCAGGCAAACUCUUUCACAUCGAUUUUGGCUACAUCUUGGGCAGAGAUCCAAAACCUUUGCCCCCUCCAAUGAAGCUCAGCAAAGAGAUGGUCGAAGCUAUGGGCGGUGUCGGUUCGGAACAUUAUCAUGAAUUCCGAAAACAAUGUUACACGGCAUUCCUACACUUGCGUAGGCACGCCAAUUUGAUAUUGAAUCUCUUUUCGUUGAUGGUAGACGCCAGUGUUCCCGAUAUCGCCCUAGAACCGGACAAAGCCGUCAAGAAGGUCCAGGAUAAAUUGCGAUUGGACUUGAGUGACGAAGAGGCUGUGCACUACGUGCACAAUCUUUUAGAUUUGUCAGUCACCGCGGUGAUGGCUGUGCUGGUGGAACAACUCCACAAAUUUGCGCAAUAUUGGAGAAAGUAAUAAGACGAAACCAAUGUACAGCGAAAUCAUACAGAUUGUGUUCCUUUCUAAACGGUAGACGAUCGUUGUAUUGUAUAUAAAACGACCACAGCGUAUUUGUAACAUAAUAAUAUAAUUUAUUGUAUUUUGGGAGUAUUUUAGGUAAUAAAUCUUUAAUAAGAAUCAUUA